AGAAAUGGAGAGGAAGCCGUGGGUACUACUAACAAAGCCCUGCUCAGCCAUUGGGCACUUCCGCUGUCCGUCAAGCGCCCGCCUCCGCAGAUGAACCAAUAAAGGCUGGCGAGAGGCUGCUUCCUUCCCGAGUUUGAUCCGCACAGGGAGCUGCUUCAGGGAGGCGAGACCCGGGUGGCUGCAGCAGCUGCAGCGUGCGCAGGCGCCGAACUGACGGGACGGACCCGGCGGCGGCGGCUCAAGCUGGUUUUAAAAAACUUUUGCUGAAGGAACGUAUUUGCUGAUAUAUAUAGUUUCAGAAUGUCAAGUUCUGUGUCCUACUGGAUCUUAAAUUCUGCAAGGAAUAGCAUUGCCACAUUACAAGGAGGUGGACGUUUAUAUUCAAGGUGUGCCUCAAAUUGGAAUAAAUCAAAAUGGAGGCUCUUUUCCCCGGCACUGGCCACUCUAAAAAAUGAUGCACCGUGUGGUAGCUUUGCUCUGCAGAAAGCCUACAGACACACAUCAACGGAGGAAGACGAUUUCCACUUACAGCUCAGCCCUGAGCAGGUAAAUGAAGUGCUUCGAGCUGGUGAGUCUGCCCACAAGAUUCUUGACCUGGUCAACGGAGUACCAAAUUCCGUGUUGCGGUUUGAGAGCAACCAGCUGGCUGCCAACUCCCCAGUGGAGGACCGACGAGGUGUGGCCUCCUGCCUGCAGACCAAUGGGCUCAUGUUUGGCAUCUUUGAUGGACAUGGUGGCCAUGCAUGUGCUCAAGCAGUGAGUGAGCGGCUCUUCUACUAUGUGGCAGUGUCACUGAUGUCCCAGCAGACCCUGGAGCAGAUGGAGGGAGCAAUGGAAAGCAUGAAGCCCCUGCUGCCCAUCCUGCAGUGGCUCAAGCAUCCAGGGGACAGUAUCUAUAAGGAUGUCACAUCCAUGCACCUUGAUCACCUCCGUGUCUACUGGCAGGAGCUGCUUGACGUGCACAUGGAAAUGGGACUGAACAUUGAGGAAGCAUUAAUGUACUCCUUCCAGAGACUGGAUUCUGACAUCUCGCUGGAAAUCCAGGCCCCCCUGGAAGAUGAGAUGACAAGGAACCUUUCACUCCAGGUCGCUUUCUCCGGGGCAACAGCUUGCAUGGCCCAUGUCGACGGAGUUCACUUGCAUGUGGCAAAUGCAGGUGACUGUCGGGCCAUCCUUGGUGUCCAGGAGGACAGUGGCAUGUGGUCUUGUCUUCCCCUCACCCGCGAUCACAAUGCCUGGAACCAGGCUGAGUUGUCACGGCUAAAGAAGGAGCAUCCUGCGUCAGAGGACAAGACAGUCAUCAUGGAUGACAGGCUGCUGGGCGUCCUCAUGCCCUGCAGGGCCUUUGGGGAUGUCCAGCUAAAGUGGAGCAAGGAGCUGCAACGCAGUGUCCUAGAGAGGGGCUUUGACACUGAGGCCCUCAACAUUUAUCAGUUCACCUCCCCGCACUACUAUACUCCACCCUACCUGACUGCCAAGCCUGAGGUCACAUACCACAGACUGAGGCCCCAGGAUAAGUUCCUCGUGCUGGCCUCAGACGGCCUGUGGGACAUGCUGGGCAAUGAGGAUGUAGUGAGGCUGGUGGUGGAGCACCUGGCUGAAGCUGGUCGGCACAAGCCGGACCCGGCGCAGAGACCUGCCAACCUGGGCCUCAUGCAGAGCCUGCUGCUGCAGAGGAAAGCCCAGGGGCUCCAGGCUGCCGACCAGAAUGCAGCCACACAUCUGAUCAGACAUGCCAUUGGGAGCAACGAGUAUGGGGAGAUGGAGCCGGAGCGGCUGACGGCCAUGCUGACGUUGCCGGAGGACUUGGCGAGGAUGUACAGGGAUGACAUCACUGUCACUGUGGUGUAUUUUAACUCAGACUCAAUUGAUGCAUGUUACAAGGGAGAUUAAGAGUCUCCCAUCCUAUUGCUGAGAUUAAUUUAAAUGCUUUUCUAAGACAUUCUCACUUAUUCUUAAACUGGCUCUUCAAACCUUGCUGUUAAAAGGUAGGCAGAUGUAGCUUGCUUAGUGAUAGACUAACGUGAGACAAGCAGACCAGGUUUAAAAGUGGUAGCAGUGAUUUCAUGUCCCUGUGUGUUUGGCUACCUCUCCUACCAGAGAGGGCAGAGCAUGAGACCAUAGAGCUGGCUUGGACUCACAAAGCCCAAGUCCUGUUAUAAAGAUACUGUUGUUGAACUGUGCCAGCCUGGGCCUUCAAAGGGCAAAUUUAAUCAUGAUUCUAAGGCUAUGAAGAACUUUGCGAUCUUCUGAGGUCUUGCUACAAAAUCUGCCAACUUGAUAAUUUUCAGUUCGCCAUCGUGGACUUCUAGACUGUGAAGGGAGGUUUUGUUUGUUUUUUAUUUUUAAGUUACUAAGACCUAGUUUUACAAAGCAUAUUACAGGAUAAUUUUCUAUGUAAUAUUCUGACUUGUUUUUUUGUGAUUAUAUUUGUGAAAACAUUUUGUAAUACUGCAUUCUAGUUCUGUUUUUAGUUUAUAUUAAAACUGAGUCCUCAAACUUGCAAACACGCCUGCUGUAAGCAUGCCUGGAAUGACUUGUCUUGGUUUUCAGCUGAGGGUGAGAGGGGCUAGGCCUCUGGACCAGCUGGAUUUAUUUUUCAGUCCCUUCUACUGAGUCCUGUCCGCUGAACCUUUGAGCCAUACUACGAGGUAACUUCUCUCUAAGCCUUAACUCUUGGUCUUUCCAGCAUUGAUACGCUUUCCUCCAGGUCUUAGCCUCUGGAGUUUAUCUGUAACACUUAACCUUUCUGAUUAUACCUCUCAAACAUUCUUCUGUUAAUUCCAGCUAACACUUCUACCUCUCUUCUGCUGAAUUCUCUCACUCUGCUGCUGCUGAUUGCACAGUGCUGUCUGGGAAGAAUGCUCCCUCUUCAGUUGCUUGCAGGGAAAGAGAAAAUGUGAUCGCAUGUGGUAAUUGUGACAGAUGUUUAGGCAGGACUGGCUUAUGUAGUGGAUUGUGGACUGAAGAGUCAGCCUGAAUUUAGAGAUGAAAACAUGAAGGACUUGAAAACAGUCACUAACCAAGCUCCCUGUCUGCAUCCUGAGAUGCAGUGGGGAGGAGAGAGGCAUGAGAUUUGGCAGAUGCGACACCCGCCCCUAGACGGUGGGAUAAAUCGCCUUUGCUACUCUUCCAGGACUGGACCAUAUUUAGUAUAGGAGUUGUGGCAGAAAAAUAAAAUGUAACCUGUAAUCA